ACAGACACGCUCCUCCUCAGAGCAGCAGGUCCCUGGCUGGAAGCAGCCGAGCUGUCAGUGACUGCCGCUGACACAUGCUCUCUCUCAGCUCAGCUCAGAGUCACUGCUGGGGCAAACGGAGGAAGAGGAGGAGGAGGAGGAGCUGACUAAAGAAACUGAGAGACAAACCAGUGUUGGUGUGAAUCUGUUAUCUGUUUCUGGAGGAGCACAUAGUCUGGACUGUCAUUGUCCUUUUUUAACUGUAGUUAUUCUUCUAUUGGGUCACCUUUGCUUCAACGAUGAGGAGAGACCGGUUCGUACUCGCUGCAACCCUCACAGUCAUCUUCUCAGCUGAUUUCUUCUUCAUCCUUCUGCCAAAGCUGCAGAACUUGAGACAAACAGCUGGAAAUGGUUGCCCAUGUGAGCCCAACAACAUCAGCAAUCACAGCUUCCCAAUCCUGGAGGGUUUGGCUACACCACAGCUCUCCAACUGGACACUUCCAUACAGGACCACUCCAUCUGAUCAGACGGAUAGAGGCUCAAAGCUGGAGAGGCUCUUUGCCCAUCCGCUCUACAACAUUCAGACUCCAGCUCUGAGGACAGAGGAGAGGCUGCUUGAGGUGGAGCAGUUGCUAGAGUACUACAGGAGGAAGGUUUCUCACUGGGAAAGACAUAAGAAACUAUAUAAUGAGGCAGCGGCUUUGGCCAACCUCUCUGGGCUGGAACAGGAAAUGACCUACGACCCGGAUGCCAGCUGGCUGAAGUUCCACUUGGGAAUAAACCGCUACGCUCUGUAUUCCCAGGAUGAUUCCUCCAUCCUCCAGCUCCUCAAAGACAUGCAGAACAUGAAAGUAGUGAAUGCAGAUUACACCCAGGACGAGAAAGCUUUGAAAGGAGAAUGUGAUUGCACUCAAGUGGUAAAACCCAGCGGGCAUCAUCUGAAGUUGGCUCUGAAAAUGCACAACUUUGGCAAAGCAAUGUUUAAACCAAUGAGGCAGCAGAGGGAGGAGGAGACACCAGAGGAUGUCUUCUACUUUGUUGACUUCCAGAGACACAACGCAGAAAUUGCUGCCUUUCACCUGGACAGGAUCUUGGACUUUCGAAGGGUUCCACCUGUGUCCGGCAGGCUGGUGAACGUCACCGGAGACAUUCUCCAAGCAACCCACAAUGAAGACCUUCGAGCAGUGUUCUUCACCUCACCAGCGAACAACACGUGUUUCUUUGCUAAGUGCCUCUACGUGUGUAAAACGGAGUACGCUGUGUGUGGGAGCCCGGAUCUGCUGGAGGGCUCGCUGUCAGCAUACCUGCCGGGCCUCAGCAUCGCUCCACGCCUCUCCAUCCCCAACCCUUGGACUCGCUCGUACACCUUUACAGAACGCCAGGAGUGGGAAGUGAAUCCUUUCUACUGUGACUCAAUAAAGCAAACUCAUCCAUAUAGCUCUGGCAACAGGCUGCUCAACAUCAUAGACAUGUCCAUUUUUGACUUCCUAACAGGUAACAUGGACAGACAUCAUUAUGAGAUUUUUACUAAAUUUGGAGAAGAAGGGUUUCUUCUUCACUUGGACAACGCCAGAGGGUUUGGGAAGUCCUCUCAUGAUGAGAUGUCCAUCCUAGCUCCACUAUCCCAGUGCUGCAUAGUGAAGCGCUCCACGCUGCUCAGACUGCAGCUCCUGUCCCAGUCAGAGUUCAGGCUCAGUGAUGUGAUGAGGGAGUCCCUAGACGGAGACCCUUUGAGGCCAGUUCUGACUGAACCCCACCUCUUGGCUCUGGACCGCAGGUUAAAGAAGGUCCUCCGAGUGGUCCAGCACUGCAUCCGGAGGCUGGGCAAGGAGGAGGUGAUCACUUCAGACUUUAUCAAACCCACAGUAGGACCUCAGACUACUAUGGUGAUGACACAGGAGAGGUAGCAGAAGAUCAAGCCAUCGUCCGUAGACACCAAAGCUGCUUGUAGAGACUUCAGGAUGAAAUCUGAAUCAAGGAUCAGAGCUCUUUAUCUGAGGAACUUGACGGAGAAACAAACACAAAUAUCAAUCUAUAAAUCUAGUAAUAAAGAAAUACAGGUGAUGCAAACACGAUGUCCAUAUUAGGACUUCCUAAUGUCUCAGAGACAUUAAGGUUUUAGACACGUUAGAAGCAGGAAACAGAAACUAACUUCAGCAUUCAAAUUUACUUUUUCUCCUGGUGCCAGAGGAUCUUUAGUUGAGCCGUGACCUUUCAUUUAAAGUCUAAAUUUGAUUUCCCGAGACCUAAGAAUGUCCUAAAUUCUUCUUUUUCAAUUUUCAAGAAACUCCUGAAGACCUUGCUCUUCAGAGAGCAUCUUCUAAACCAGCACCCUCCCUGCACCCCCCCCCCCCCCCUACUGUCCACUCCUUUGUUCCCUCCUCUUCAUUAUUGAUGUCAAGUUGUUGUUAUUGUUGUUGUUAGCCUCAAGGGCAACAUGCCGAUUAUCACUUGUAAGUCGCUUUGGACCAAAGCGUCUGCUAAAUACAUAAAUACAUAAAUUGGACUUAAGCUACUAUAAACCCCACCCAAACCCAGCAGCAGGGUCAGAGGUCGUGCACUGGAACUGUUGUUUAUCAGAAAUGUCCUGGUUGUGAUUGUGAAAAUAUUUUUUUUUAUCUAAAAUAAAGCUAUUUUCUAUCACGA